CGGGUCCCGGCGCGGUAGGCCGCGGCGUGCUCCGCCUCACCUCGCCGGGCCGCUGGGCGCGGCCCGCUUCCACCCUCCGCCCGUUUAAAGGGUCCUCGCGGCCCGCCACCCCCGCGGCCCUUCAGUCCCCUCCUCUGGGCCGGCCCUCCGCCGCCACGAGUCGCGCGGCCCCCUCCUCGUCGACGUUGUGGCGGCUCCGGGGCCGCCUCCCCCGGCGGAUCCCGGCCCCGAGGCCUUCCGACCCCGCGUGCCGCAGGCUGGGCCGUGCUGGGCCUCGCCGCGUGCUUCCCGGCCCCUCGCACCCGGGGCCCGGCCUCCCCUCGCACAGCCCGGUGCCCCGGAGGGGCCCGGCGUCACGUGCUGAGCAGGCCCGAACUCUGUAACUUUGUUUGCAGCUUCAAGGACUUUGUGUUGGGACGCUCAUAAAGCCCAGAAACUAAACCCUGACGCCGUGGUGGAGCUGUCAGUAUGGAGCAGUGCAGGGCUCGGGGUUCUGUUCUGCUGCUUGCGUAAUGUUGCGAAAAGAUGAAAAUGAAGCAGAGAGACCAGAAGAAGAAAAAACUAGUGCUCCACCCCCACCUGGAAACGAAGAGGAGGCUGCAGAAAAUGGCAUUGUGAAAACGAAGGUUACUGAGGCUGAGGAUGACAGUGAUAGUGAUAGCGAUGACGAUGAAGAUGAUGUUCAAGUCACCAUAGGAGAUAUUAAAACAGGAGCUCCACAGUUUAGUUAUGGAGCAGCACCUGUGAACCUCAAUAUUAAGACAGGAGGACGUGUUUAUGGAUCUUCUGCAGGUGUAAAAGUUAAAGGGGUGGAUUUAGAUGCACCAGGGAAUAUUAAUGGUGUACCACUUCUGGAAGUAGAUCUAGAUUCUUUUGAAGAUAAACCUUGGAGAAAACCAGGGGCUGAUCUAUCUGAUUAUUUCAACUAUGGGUUCAAUGAAGAUACAUGGAAAGCAUACUGUGAAAAACAGAAGAGGAUACGAAUGGGUCUUGAAAUUUUACCAGUUACCUCAGCCACAAAUAAAAUUACGGUACAGCAGGGCAGAACUGGAAAUCUGGAGAAAGAGUUGGCAGUGCAGUCGACCAAAGCUGAUUUCACAUCUCCUCCUGCCUUAUUCAAAUCAGGAAUUCCUACAAACAGGCGAUUAUCUGGCGCAAUUGAUGUGAUUGGACAGACCAUCACUAUCAGCAGGGUAGAGGGACGACGACGUGCUAAUGAAAACAGCAACAUACAGGUUCUUUCAGAACGAUCUAAUCCUGAAGUAGACAAUUUUACCAAGCCACCUCCAUUUUUCCCUCCAGGAGCUCCACCUACUCACCUUCCACCACCUCCUUUCCUCCCACCCCCUCCAACUGUUAGUACUGCUCCGCCUCUGAUUCCUCCUCCAGGUAUACCAAUAACAGUACCACCACCAGGCUUUCCACCACCUCCUGGCGGUCCUCCACCUUCCCUCAUACCCACCAUAGAAAGUGGACAUUCCUCUGGCUAUGACAGUCGUUCUGUUCGUGCAUUUUCAUAUGGUGGUGUCACCUUUCCGCACCUUGCAGGUUCUGCUCCUUCAUGGUCUAGUCUUAUGGACAGCAGCAAACAGUGGGAUUACUAUGCACGGCGAGAGAAGGACAGGGAGCGGGACAGAGAUCGAUCUCGGGAUCGAGACCGGGACCGGGACCGAGACAGAGAUCGAGAACGUACCAGAGACAGGGAAAGGGACCGAGAUCACAGCCCGUCCUCAAGCGCGUUCAACAGUGAUGAAGAACGAUACAGAUACAGAGACUAUGCAGAAAGAGGCUACGACCGCCAUAGGACAAGCAGAGAGAAGGAUGACCGACACAGAGAGAGGAGGCACAGAGAGAAAGAAGAUACGAGGCACAAAUCAUCUCGAAGUAACAGCAGGCGCCGUCACGACAGUGAAGAAGGGGACAGCCACAGAAGGCACAAACACAAAAAAUCCAAACGAAGCAAAGAAGGAAAAGAAGCCAGCAGUGAACCUGCUCCUGAGCAGGAAAACACUGAAGCUGCCCCCGCGGAAUAGGCUUGUGUGGUUUUUGCCUAUUCACAUAAAUAUUAGUGCCAGAAAUAGAUUACUAUAAAUCUUGUUAUUUUUCUGGUUAUUAAAAUAAUUUGUUCUUAAUCUUGUUCUGUUAGUACAAAAUCAAAAGUUACUUGGUUUUUCUUUUUUUUUUUUUUUCUUUUCUGUUGGUUGUUUUGUUUUGUUUUGGGUUUUUUUGGGGGGGUUGUUUUUUGGUU